AUGAUCUCCACACUAUCCUUACCGACUGGUCUGAUAACACUAGUCACUUGCGACGUGAAGAGUUUGUACACGAUCAUACCCCAUACAGGGGGGGUUCAGGCUAUGAAACGAAUUCUUGCAUCCUCAGACAAGUAUAUGGGACCUCCAAUUGAAUACGUCAUGGAAAUUUUGGAACUGGUGUUGACACAAAAUUAUUUUCGGUUUGAACUUGAGUGGUACAGACAGUCAGCAGGUACAUCUAUGGGUACGGCUAUGGCCCCGAUGUAUGCAAAUGGAUACAUGUUUGAAUUUGAAACCCAACACAUAUUGGAACCUUUUAAAGAUAUCAUUUUGUCAUACAGUCGUUACAUCGACGAUAUCUUUAUGAUCAUCAAGGGAGAUAAUAGUAUUGCAGAAUCCAUGGUCCAAUAUAUUAAUUCAUGCACACCGAAUGUACAGUUAACCACGACAAUGGAUCCUCUUACAGUGGAUUUCCUAGAUGUACGGAUCAUACGAGAAGGCAACAAGUUGGCAUACACGCUUUUUACAAAAUCAACUGACCGUAAUACUUUACUUCAAGCGAAUAGUUUCCAUCCUAAUGCUCUCAAACAAUCUUUACCAUAUUCUCAAUUCCUUAGGGUCAUGAGAAAUAACUCAGACCCGGGUAAGGCCGAGGAACAAUUGGGUCUUAUGUGGGAAAAGUUCCAACAACGUGGCUACAGUGAUUUUGUGCUACGCAAAGCGCUUGACAAGUGCUAUUCAGCACAAGCCACUUUAGAAGCUCCACCGAUAAAGAAAUUGGUCUUUCCGACAACAUACACCACAGCAUCUCCACAAUUUAAGCAAAUGAUUGAGAAAAAUUGGAGGAUUUUGAGGAAUGAUAUGUCUUUACCAGAAAUAUUUUGUCAACCACCCAUGAUGUGCUAUAGGAGAAACAAAAAUCUGAAGGAUCUGUUAGUGAAGACGGACCCUAUACAUUGUUAUGAGGAUAAACAGUGCUUUGUCAACUUGGGCUGCUAUAAGUGCCUGGGCUGUGUCACUUGUGGGCACAUGCUAUCUGGUAAAUCGUUUUCCCAUCCUCAUACAGGGAAGAAGUACAUCAUUAGACAUCGUUUAACUUGCAUCACUGACUUUGUAAUAUACAAGCUAACCUGCCCUUGUGGACUCGCGUAUAUUGGCAAGACGGAUCUACCCUUGCGCGAACGCAUUCGCAACCAUAGAUACAGCGUAAGGGUGGCAUACAGAGAUCAGAAAUCGGACUUACCUGUGGCCAAACAUUUUUUGGAGAAAGGGCAUACGCUUCCGACUUUAAAACUUAUGGCAAUUGAUCAUAUACCACCCCUUUGGAGGGGAGGCGACCGUAAGAAGUUGUUGUUACAACGAGAACUGUUUUGGAUUAGAACAUUGAGAACAGUAUAUCCAGAAGGUCUUAAUGAAAAAUAUACUCUGUCUGCAUUUUUAUAAAUAUUGAGCAUUUGUUUUUCAGCGAUGGCAAUGAGAUGAACUAUGUGAUGCCCACCCUGGGGGAUAGGCAUACAUGUCUAUAUUUCUCUUGCCACUGUGCGCAUUCAUCUUCUUUUGCUAUUAUUUUGGGGUGAGUAUUGGGUGCCCACCCAGAGGGAUAGGCUACCCUUUCAUUGACCCAUAGCAACUAGGGUAGAUAGAAUUUUUAUGAGACAGCUUUGAAUUCUUUUGAUUAUCUGCAGUUUAUUAGAGGGAUGUCCUCACUGGAUGUCUUGUAAUCAAUAAGGUUGUAUUUAUGGAGUUUAUUUGUGGUAUGCUCUAAUAUUUCUAUCACCACUCCCCUAUUUUUAUGAGGGUUUGAUUUCAUUAUGACCAUAGUGGGAAUGGUUAUUUAGUUCUAGAUCUUGCCUUAUGAAUAACUUAAUGUGUUAGUCUUGGGAUACACAUGUGAUACUUUAUGAUUAGGCAAGCCAUGUAUUUAUGUCUAAUGUCCUUGGAUUCAACACUUCUCUCUUGUGAUUUUGAUAGAUUUUCAAUUUUUUUAGCCUGAUUUCAUAAAUUUCAAAGUGAUUGGUAGCUAUGGUCAAUUCAGCCGAUUGCUGGUUCAGCUGUUAAGUUCAAUAUGUAUACUCAGCAUGGUUUAAAUAACAUAAUUGUUAGCUUUGUAUACUGUAUAACUAUUUGAAGUGUUAAAUCCCCAUGAAUGUAGCGUGAAAUAGUGGAUACAUUGUUUUUACGAUUAGAUUAGUGUGUUACAUCACAUUUGUUAUUAUAGGUUGCUAUGGUGAUGACCCUUGGCCGCGUCAUUGAGCGUGACGCCGUGCGGCUGCAGACGUACGUCGGGCAGCCCGCGGCAGUCCCGGUCCGGGCGUCCAUGGAGUCAGACGUGUCACAAGUGUGGUGA